UUAAAGAUUGUUAUACAAUGAUUAAUAGUCAAUAUAUUUAUGGCAUUUUUAUACUUGGAACAUUUUGUUCUGAAUUCUGUUUAACCAAGGAGCUCAAAGAGAUACUUUUUGAUUUUACAACUGUAGACAAUGUGGAUAAUUGGAAAGAAAUAUCUGAUACUGUUAGGACAGUAGGAAAAUCAAAAGCUGUUUUAGCAUUGCAAAGAACACAAGUUUUUCAAAGAGCAAUAUUUUUUACUCUUUUGAACCCACAAUCAAAUGGUGCAGGGUUUGCAGGGAUACGAACAAUGACUAAUUUAAAUUUAUCUAAUUUUAAAAACAUUGAAAUCAAUUGUCGAGGACAAGGCCACAAUAAGCACUAUAAAGUUGUUCUUAGGCACAAAGGUCUUCAUUCAAACGAAGAUAUAACAUAUGAACAGUUCUUUAUGGCACCAAUGUCAGAUAUUAAUUUUUCAACUGUGGUCUUACCAUUGGCAAAUUUUAAACCAUAUUAUCGUGGACGUGAAGUACCCGAUGCAGAACCAUUAGAUACUGCAAAUAUUACAAUGUUUGGUUUACAAGUGUAUGGUGGAGUUUAUUUAACAAUUAAACAAAACGGUGUAUCAGCAUUAGAAGUAGAAAAUAUUUCAGUAUCAUAA